AGUCGGGGAACAGCAGGGGGCUCUGAGAAGAGGCGGGGCUGCAACUAGAGGGGGGCGCUCCGCAGGGUCCUAGGGGCGAGCUGGAGAGCUUUUCUGGGUCCUGAGGAGCUGGGCUCUGGGAGCUCCUCGGGGAAGACUGAGACACUGGCGGCUCCAAGGAGGGGAGGCAGCGGGCUGCAGUAGACCGGAGGCCGGGUUCAGGGCGCUCCCCCGGGCCACCCCGGGCAGUUCGCCAGGCGGCAGGCGCCUCGGCCUCCACCUGCGAGAUGGUGUUCUUGCUGCCCGGCGCCGCGCAGGGAGAACACAAACCGGGAGUUUGCAAAACGGGAAGCUCGGGCGGCCGGGGCGGGGCCGAAGGCGGAGCCCGGCCUGCGGCCCCGCGAAGCCCCGAGUUGCAGUGGCCCCGGCGGCCGGGGAGGCGGCGGCGGCGGCAGCAGCGCGGUGGCGACAUGGCCAUUGUCUCAGAGGAUGAUGACUUUCAUCACAGUUCAAACUCCACAUACAGAAGUGCAAGCAGCUCUCUCCGAGCUGACCAGGAAGCACUGCUUGAGAAGGUGCUGGGCCACCCACCCCCUGGCCUACAGAGGCCCGAGGACCGCUUCAAUGGUGCCUACAUCAUCUUCUUCAGCCUGGGCAUUGGUGGCCUCCUGCCAUGGAACUUCUUUGUCACUGCCAAGGAGUACUGGAUAUUCAAACUCCAAAACUGUUCCAGCCCAGCCCCAGAGGGGGACCCUGAGAGCUCAGACAUCCUGAACUACUUUGAGAGCUACCUUACCAUCGCCUCCACCGUGCCCUCCGUGCUGUGCCUUGUGGCGAACUUCCUGCUUGUCAACAGGGUUCCAGUCCAUGUCCGCGUGCUGGCCUCGCUGACUGUCAUGCUGACCGUCUUCGUGGUAAUGACCGUGCUGGUGAAAGUGGACACCUCCUCCUGGACCCACGGCUUCUUUGCUGUCACCAUCAUGUGCAUGGCGAUCCUCAGCAGCACCUCCACCAUCUUCAAUAGCAGUGUCUUUGGCAUGACUGGCUCCUUCCCUAUGAGGAAUUCCCAGGCGCUGAUAUCAGAGUGUCCUGUGCUCUCUGCAGGAGGGGCCAUGGGAGGCACCAUCAGUGCCGUGGCCUCGCUGGUGGACCUGGCAGCAGCCAGCGAUGUGACAGACAGCACCCUGGUCUUCUUCCUGACGGCAGACGUCUUCCUUGGGCUCUGCAUUGGGUUCUACCUGCUACUGCCGCGACUGGAGUAUGCCAGGUACUACAUGAGGCCUGUUUGCCCAGCCCACGUGUUUUCUGGUGAAGAGCAGCCACCCCAGGACUCUCCCAAUGCCCCUCUGGUGGCUCCUAGUCACUCCCCAGUACCACCCCUCUGCCCCAUCCUGAAGAAGACAGCCAGCCUGGGCUUUUGCAUCAUCUACCUUUUCCUCAUCACCAGCCUCAUCUUCCCCGCCAUCUCCACCAACAUUGAGUCCCUCAGCAAGGAUUCGGGCUCUCUGUGGACCACCAAGUUCUUUGUCCCCCUCACCACCUUUCUCCUGUACAACUUUGCUGACCUGUGUGGCCGGCAGAUCACAGCCUGGAUCCAGGUGCCAGGGCCCAGAAGUAAGGUGCUCCUUGGGCUUGUGCUCCUCCGGACCUGCCUCGUCCCCCUCUUUGUGUUCUGCAACUACCAUCCCCGCAUCCACCUGCGAACGGUGGUCUUCCAGUCCGACAUCUACCCAGUGCUCUUCAUCUCCCUGCUGGGACUCAGCAACGGCUACCUCAGCACGCUGGCUCUCAUCUAUGGGCCCAAGAUCGUGCCCAGGGAGCUGGCCGAGGCCACAGGGGUGGUGAUGUCCUUUUACGUGUGCGUGGGCUUGGUACUCGGCUCAGCCGGCUCUGCCCUGCUCAUGCACCUCAUUUAGAAGGGGCGGUGGCAAGAACGUUGGUGCCAUGCUGUGCAUGCUAGGCCUCGUGCUGUGCAAUGUUGAGAUGUGGAAGAAGUGCCAGGAGGGCUCAGGCAGCCUGCAGGAAGGGCUGGAGCUGGGCCUCGUGCAGAGAGCAGAGCCCCCCAUCCCCGGACCUCAUCCCUCCCCAGGGAACUGGCCACCUGUGCCCGUUCCCAUGGUGAGCAGACAUUACAGACACCUUAACAGACACUCUCGAGGCUGAAAAAGGGGAAAGACAUCUGAGUAAGAUGCAGUUAUAAUAGUUACACAGUUACAAAGUGGGGUGAGCUUUCCAAGGGGGUGGGGGCAUUUCGCCUUUCUUAGUAACCUCUUUGGAGCUGUGCUGCCAGUGUUAACUCUGAAUUGUUACAGUGCCAGUGCCAAGACCCAGCCACCUGCCUUUUGCCUUCUCCCAGGCUUGCUUCUUCCAGCUGACUGCAAGAUGUGAGAAUUCUCAGCCCUCCCUACCUGAAGGGAGUCCCUCUGGAAUGGGGUCUUCUUGGAAUGGCCAGUCCUCAGCCUCCGGCCCGAAGCCUGGGCAGACCCCUGCUUUCUGUGGGUGAGAGAGCACCCACAAACCAGACUGGGAACCCCAGAAAGACAAGUCCUCUGGAAACCCUCAUUCCCUAAACUUGGACUCCAGAAGGCUUCCUGGUACCUAGGGGCUGAGUAUGUCAGGCCUGCAUUUUCAAAUGGGGAUCAUUUAAGUGGUCUAUGGCCUACGUCAGGGUGGGGUCUUUUAAUGUCCAUGCUUACAACAUGUUAAAGCCAUUGGUUCAAGGGUAUAAUAAAUCCCUGGGCAUUUAAUGAAGGCCUUAUUGGUGGCUGUCUUAGUCAGGGUCUUGACAGGAAACAGCAUACUCAAAUUAGGUAAACUGAGGAUAUUUGAAGAGUGGGUAUGGGAACCCAAAGGGGUUGUACAUUAUAUUGCAGAAAUAAUAAGGCCAUUCCAUCCCAGGCCUAAAGGGGCAGGGGUACAUCCAGGCCACUGUGACCCACAAGAGGUAUAUUCAUUCCCUCUGAAAUCCUCUGGUUCCUGUAGACUGAGCUACAGCCAAGGAGCAGGUGGAGAGGACAGAGGGUGAACGGGAGGGGCAGAAGGUGUCUAGAAUGGGGCCUCUGGCCCUUCUUAUUCAAUAUGAACAUCAGGAGAACUUGAAGCUUUGGGCUGCAGAAUGAGGUGGUCUCUGUCCUGGUUUGCUCUGGGUAUUGUAUGUAUUUUGAAGCUGUUGUUUCGAAAAGCAACCCUUGGGUUCUCUGGCCCCCACACAGUUGUGAUCGUGGGACAUGAGUAGUAAUUUAUAUUUUGUCAGGUUCCUUGAAGACUUCUGCAGGGCUAUUCCCUGGGGAAGCAGACUGGCUUGGGAAUCAAGAGAGAAGGGGACUAGAUCAGACCAGGAGUAGUUUCUCAAGAGGUGAGCACAAAGGUCAGAGCAUGUCCCGAAGAAGUGGCCACCGAGAGCCGUGAAUCAGUCUGCUCCUUCUCUGAGGAGCACUGGCUCCCUGGCGUCCUGCAGGCAGCUGAUUAAACUGGAGGCAGGCAGUAAUCCACCCAGCGGCCACAGCUUAUGUGCCCCAUGUCUCAAGCCAGUACACACUCCCUCUCUUUAGCCAGAGAAUUGAAAAAGAUACACUUGAAAGGUUUUCUGAAACUUGAUAACUAAAAAAAAAAUUUAAUUUUAAAAAUAAAUUUUUUCCCCUAUCCCCUCCCCAUGUAGAAGGCUCAAAUCUAUCCCUUGGUGUUUUUCACUGCCUUUAAUGCUGGUGAUCAUUUGGGGCAUCAGUCUGGUUGGUGACUCAUCGCAACCUCAGGUAUUUUCAAAUUGGCAGCAUGUCUGGUUUAAGGUAAAACAGCAGUCUCCGAGCUUGGAGAUGGGAACCACCCUGGAGCUAAUGGAGAAGCAGUAGUGGGGGGUCUCACAUGCUCCAUUGAAGGGGGCUAGCUUUCAGAAGAAGAAUAGGCACCCUGUUAGUGAAAUGAUUGCUUUGAAAUUGGUGUGAAGGGGGAAGAGGGCGGCCGGCCGAGCUGAAGUGCAGGGCAAGCCCAGGGGAUCACUGCUAGCCAGCGCCAGCUUCACUGGGGAGGAGGGCUGUCCUUACCUGGGAGGGGCCUGCCGCUUGGCUGAUGGGGUGAUUAUCCAAGCUUUUGCCCACUGUUCUUUGUUGCUCACCUUAGUGGGCACCUCCCAGAGGAGCAUUCUUUCCCAGGGGGGAAGGAAGGAAAAUAAAAAUAUAUCUCCAGACAGACGGGUGACCUGCGGUGUGCAGGCCUCCUUGUCCCUAUCACUGUAAUAGCUUGUGGGCUGCUUGGGGUCUCAAGUCUCCUGUGACCUCAGCAGGCUUGUGGAACCAGCUCACAUGUUUUGGGGAGUGAAAAAAACUCAUUAAAGAGAAGAGGAUUUUCUAGUGUCAGAGCUGGGGGUGUGGGGGGUGUCCCAAGAAGUUGCCUUUGUCCCAGAGUUCUCUAAGUUAAUCCCAAGUGGCAGUUUUUAGUGCAUGCCAUUGUGUAUUUCCAGACCCUACACAUUGUCAUUUUCCUCCUUUUGUUCAACAAAGAAAGCCAGAGGCAGCCAAAUUAGUUGACUCUUCAGCUAGUGGGUGACAGGUACUUCUAAGAAAAUGCCUGUUGCUAUGUGAAGGGACCUGAGCCAGGGGUGGAUAUUAUUAGCAAAGACCUUUCAUUCUGCGGUCUUCAGCCCAGUGCUCCCCAUAAAAGAUUUGGGGCCUCCAGCUUGGUCACUGCAGGACCCCAGCUUUUACAGAAAACUCCAGGUAGAAGACAGAGGACCAAAAUGUGGUUGAGAGAUUUCAUUCCAGUGGAGGUUAAAGCCCAGUGCGUAUCUCAACUCCGUGGGCUUUCUGAGUGAAAGCGUCCAGUAUCUAGCUCACCAUCGUCACUUCCUUGGUGGCAUCAUCAGGGCCAGUUUUGCCCGGAGCCCAAGGCACUGCUGCCCUCCACCCACUGCUGAGGUCAGCCCAGUUCCCCGUUCAGUUUUGAUUCUGGCAGAUCCCAGAAGGAAUUUCAGCCCCACCAGCAGGUGGAGGCUGGGAUUAGUCAUGUGGCCACAAACCCAGGGUCUAGGGCAGCAUUUCUGUCAGCUGCCCAGACUGCUGACCCAGUGCUACCCUAUGCUGGGUGUUUUACCUGCAUUGUUCCUCCAUCUGUAGAAGCUCAGAGAGGUUAAGUAACUUAGCCAAGUACUAAGUGGCCUAGGCAAGAAUCAAGCCUAGGUCCAAUUAAACUCGGGGGUCCUUACCUACCCUGCCCUCUUGCUCCCCUGGUUGAAACUUCCCGAUCUCCUUGCCCCUAUUCCUCACUCUGUGUCUUGGCUGGAAUGUUGUGUGAGUAGAUGGAUUGCCCAGAACCUUGCCAGUAGCCCUAGCCUAGCUGAUUUGAGCAGUGCAGCUGGCUAGAUCCCUGCUGGACUGGUCCCCAUGGAUCUGGAUGCUGGCACGGGCUCUUGGGCUGCUUUCAGGCCUUGCCCUGUCCAGUCCAGUCCCCAGCCCCUGCCCUCUUCCUCCUACAUCCCCUCCUACCCCACCAGCUCCUGUGGCUGAGGUCACCCCAGCACAGGUGGACCUGUCUCUGGACAUGUAUGUCUCUGGGUUAUAGGACACAGAAUGUAGUUUGGGAGUCUGGAAGCCUUGCUCCAGCCCCACCAGACACUGGCUAUGCCACAUAGCUUUUAGAAUCUCACUUCCUCAUCUGCAAAGGGGACGAUAAGAAUCAAAAGUUGUGCCUGUCUGCUGUGCCAUGGAGCCAGCCUGGUGGACUCAGUCAUGCCCACUCCCCAGCCCACAUGGCAGAGCUGCACCAGGGCUCACAGCAUCGGUAGCAGGAUGACCCAGGGCACAGUGCCCACCCUCUGCUCCCACCCAUGCUUUGGCCACUCUGGAGGUGGGAAGGCAGCCUCAGCCUGAGAGAUGACCUCAGUUUCAGGCUGCCUUGGGCUUGACCCCAAAAGACAGCGAUGAAUAUGGUUGUGCUUUUUGUCCCACAAGACUCAUUAGCUGACCCACUGGCCCUGUGCACCCAAGAACAGUUCCUGCCCUCCACUGGCAGUUAGAGGGAUCUGCAGGCCCACAGCGUGGGGUUGAGGAGUAGACGGCUAGAAGCUUCAGGAACCCAGACAAGGUUGGAAUUCUGGUCCUGCCAUGUCCUAGCUGUGUACUUGAUGCAGCCACUUUCUCAUGUCUAAAAUGAGAACCUUUGAGGGCUGUUGUAAGGAUUAAAUAAGCCCUAAUAUUGUAGGUAGAAGUACCUGGCAUAUAGCAGAUCCCCAGCAAAUGUGUUUUUCUCCAGUGUUUUGCUACUGUCUGGACAGUCAGCACCCAACUUCUUGACAGGUCACACCCUAGACCCUCUUUCAGUACCCACCCCUUGCCUGGCUCCCAACCCCACUGCCUAUCCAGAGCAACACCUCCAAUUCUGAUGCCUGCUAUUUGAUGCCUGGGCCUCUGUCUGGUUCCUGCUCAGACAGGUCUGACCUGGGGGUGGGGAGCAUGAGGCAGAAAGCUGGGACUACUGAGUUCCCAGACCAAGCUCUGUCCCUCACGUUGACCUCAGUGCUAGCCACUUCACUUUUUUUCUAAGCCUCAGCUGGAAAAAUGGACACCCCAUCCCCUGUCCUGCCUCCAUCAUGAAUACAUGGCCAAGUACACAGAUUCCUUUAGAAACUGAUUGUGUCCCACAGUGGUGCCAAGAGUCUGGGCUCUGGAGCCAGACUGCCUAGGUUUGAGUCCUCACCACUUCCUAGCUGUGUGACCACAGGCAAGUUCAAUCUGACUCCAUUUUCUCAUACAAUAGGGGUGAUUCUAGUACCAGCCUUGUAUCUGCUUGGUACACUGGUAAUGCAUACAAAAUAUUUCAUAUUGAGCCUGGUGUGUGAUCACUGCUAAUCACCAGCUCCUGGAAGCCUCUAUCUUUAGAAUCGCCUAGUUUACCUGAUUCUAAACUGUCAGUGUGGACAUGUCCUUGUUUCUCUCCCUCGCUGGGUUCUGGUCUUGCCCCCUGAUCCCAGCUGCCAGGGUCCUCCCCUGCCCACAACUCCAAGUGCUGCCCACAGUGGCGGCCAACAGAGUCUUUUUAAAAAGCUGCAGGGAGGCGAGGGGAGGAAGAAGAGAAGAGAAAGGAUGAAAACGGAGGAAGGAAGCCGAAAGAGGAGACGAGGUUGGGCUGAGAGCCUGGGGUCGCCUCCACAGCUCUAGGAUGCAGGGGGCUCUGUGAAUGGGAAUGAGAGGAAUAAUUUCAGUAUCCCAAGUGAGAGGUGGUCCCUAAAGAUUCCAGCUGCAGCCACCGGGUCUGUCUUUAAGGUACAGCUGCUUUCCUUCCCUUCUUUCCUCAUCUACCUGCUUCACCUAACCAUCUUUUGAUGGAGGCAGCUGGGAAGGCAUUUCUUGCCCACAGGAUGACACUUUUGCCUUGUUUUCCCCAGGCAGGGUUUGGUGCCUUUAACUUUGGGAAGGCUUCAUCGGACAAAGUGUUUCUCCCCAUACUGAGCUUCGACUGCAGAGGCCUGCAGUCUACCCGAGGUUCUGCAAGGCGCUGGCCUGACCCGGAGCUGCUGAGCAAGGGCCCCGCUCCUGUAGCUGGAUGAGGACGUGGUCUGCAUCACAGGAAAGGGGGUGCUGAUUAUUGAGCACCUACAGGGCUAGGCUGUGCCCAUGUACAGCAACCAUGCGAUGGGGCUGUUGCCCCCAUUUCACAGAGGAGGAAACUGAAAUUAAGAGGGGCUAAGUCAGUAAGAUGCUGAAUGGGAAUUCAGACCAGGGCUAUGAGGCUCCAAAGCCUGCUGCCUCUGAGGAGCCCUGGGACACCUGCUGGGGGGCAGAAUAGGGUCUGAAGCAUGUAGCCUUCUGGGGGCUGGAUUAACCUGUUUAGUGUGAGUGACAGCAGUCACAGCCUGCCCUCCGUGCCCCUGUGGUGUUUGGUGUGGAGUCACUGGUCUCCAGUAACCAAGACUGCAGACUUUAUGGGCACUUGGAACAUAAAGCUCACCAAGCCAAGGACAAGGUUUACAGAAUACACGGCACAGGAGCUUCACUGCAUGGAUCUUACCUGUCAGACAUCUUGCAUGUAUCCUCUCCAGGGAGCCAAGGAACCAGAGGUGGGGCCCGUCUUCCCAGGCACUGAGCAGAGGGUGAAGUCCUCCAAUGACCACACCUCCUAUCCCUGACUUUAUCAAGCACAUGCCUAGAGCCAGAAAGCAUCCUGAGGUCACCAAGUCCAACUUGGUUUCUCUAGACCAGUGGACACCAGCCAACCAGCAGAUUCUUCUGGACUGAGUUCCAGAGGCCCAGGGAGAUUGAGCACCCUCGGUCCUGCUCCUACUUUGGAAACAGCCGCACAUUCCCAACCCACUUCUCACACACUUCACUCUCAACAGAAGGAUGUGAGGCCUUUGCCCAACAGUCUUACCCCACAGCCUCCAUCCCCACUGCUCUGGCCCCAGGCCGCCCCCUGGAGUUUACAGGGCAGAGUGUGCUAAUGGCUCUGCACUUCUAGCCUAUUUUCUUCAAAGGGCCUUACCCAGGUCUUACUCAGGGAUCCUUGGGUGGAGUGAGAGCUUCCUGGAACCCUGAGAACAUGUGCUGAAGUUUGUGUGCUUCCCUUGGGCAGAGGAACCAUAGCUUUCUCCAGAUAGUCAAAGGGAUCCUUGUUCUAAGGUUUCAGAGCCCCUGGUGCAUUGGUGCCCUUGUGCAGAGCAUAGUGCCGAGGAGUUGACUCUGGAGCCAGGUUACCUGAUUUUGAAUCCUGACUCUGUCUCUUAUUAGUGGCUUUGGGCAAGUGUCUUAACUUCUCUGUGUCUCAGUUUCCUUAUCUGUCAAAUGGGUUGACUGAGUACCUACCCUCAUGGAGUUGUUGUGAUGAUUAAAUCUACACGACUUAAUCCACAGAAUGCCCAUCAUCCAAUCAUCCAUGCUAAACCAUGACCUCUCCCCAUUGCCCUGUGAGGUUGGCAGGUCAGGAGUUCCCCUCACCCCAUUUCAGAUGAGGAAGAAUGGCAGACGCUAUAAUUAGUUACAGAUCCUCUGCCUGCAAACACAACAGGUCCCUUUGUCCAGUGAAAUCACUGCAGAGAGGAAGUCUGCAAGCUGCUCGCAGAGGUGGAGGGCUCCCUUUAGAGAAGCUGGAAAAUAAACCAGCUCUGCCAACAGUUUCAGCCUGGUCAAGUGCUGUGAACCAGUCAAGGGACACAGGAUGCUGGAGGUGGCACAUCUGAAAGGGCCUGACAUGCUGGCCUGUGAGUAUCUCCACACUGGCCUUCUUGAGGUUACCCUGUCUAAUCUGAUUUCCAGAGAAAGCUAAGGACUGUGGCUUACUGAGCACUAUGAACCAAGCAGGUUAAUGAAUAAUCUUACUUAUUUAGUCAGCCACACCAUGAGGAAGUAUUAUUAUCCCCAUUUCACAAGUGCCCAAACAAAGACUCAGACACACGACAGCUAUGUGCCAGAGCUGAGAUUUAAGCCCAGGUCUGACUCCAGAACUCCAGCUCCUCUGGCAGCAGCCUUCACCAGAAUCACGCAGGGGGCUCAACAAAAUGCAGAUCGCUGCCCCCACCAACCCCCCGUUACCCCGAGUUUCUGCUUCUGCCAGUCAGGGGUGCAGCAGGAGGAUCUGCACUUUUUAACAAGUUCCCUGGAGGUGCUUCUGCUGAUCCGGGAACCCCACUUGGAGAACCACUGUUCUAGACCACCGAAGACUGAAAAGGGCUUGUCAGGAGCUCACUCCCGGCCCAAAGAGAGGGAGCAAGGGCUCCUCCGUCUGCACCUGUUCCAGGCGAAGGCUCAGUUGUUAAAGAAGGGAAGUUGUUAAAAAAGUUAAUGCACGUGGACAUUCACUCAUUUUUUCUUACAGACAAUCACAGAUUCGGGCAGAGCUUUUGCAUUUUAAGUGCCAAGCUUAUCUUCUCCUCCAGCCCCCAAGGUUGGCACCCAGUGGCUUUACUCCUUGGCUGCACCUCUCCCACCUGCUCCCUUCACCAUUAAUAUUCAGGAGGGAGGAGAGAGAGAGGAGGGAGUGAGAAAGAGUGAGGCCUGAGGAGCUCACAGGCCCCAGCCCGCUGCUUGGCCUUGACAAGCUGGAGGAGCUAUGGUCUCAUGCCUCCUGCAGCUGGGGAGCUGCAGUGGGGGUGCAGGACUGCCUCCCGCCAGGGGCAGGGCACACCUCCUGCCUGUUCUCUGGGCUCAUUAGCUGCUGAGGUGGAGGUAACAGUUUUCAUUUUGCUGAGUCUUUGCUGAGACUCAGAGAGGGAAAUGAGCCAUUAUCAAACAGCCGCUGAACAGAAACCGAAUCGACUGCUUAUAAUAUUUUGUGAGGUAAGAAUGCAGAAGUCUGGCCUUGCUUUAUCAAAGUUGUCUCUCAGAAGACAGCUGUGUAUGGCUUGCUUCUGCUCACAAAGCUCUGUGAGUAGGGAACAGAAGGGGACAAAUGCCAAAAUGUGCCAGGCCCAUUGGUGCUACCCCAGUUGGUAUUUAAUGGCUGGCAUAAGGCUUCUGUGAGGAUAUCAGGAAAUUUCCCGUUCCUUGCUUUUUGCUGCUCAAGACCCUCAGGCUAUCUGCCCUGUUGGGUAAGGACCAGCUACCUCAGUUCUUGAAACAGGGGAGAGCCAUGGUACAGGGCUUAUAACCAGGAGACUUUGGGGAAGUCACUAACCUCUCUGAGCCUCAGUGUCCUCACCUAUAAAAUGGGGGGUAUUAAUCUUGCAUGUCUCAAAAUGCUGAUCAAGUUAAGAGAACCUUGUAAACUGCUAAAGGCAUACAAGACACUAGCUUCUGUUAUUAUCAUUCAACUGCCCAUAGAUCCAUGUGUACACCAUCCCACCUGGCAAGAAGUCUGUAGUUCUACGGGGACAUCACAGCCUGGAGCUCAUACCCUUUCCUCCUUCUGAACCAUGCCCUGGGUACCUAGGUCUCCUAAAUCCUGCCUAAAUGAGCUUAAACUUGCAGCCAGGGCCUGGGCAUACUCUUUCCUAGGUCCAGACCCCUAAGGGCAGACUGCUCAAGGCACUUCUGGCUCACGGUGUGACUAUGUGCCAGUGGUGCUGAGUUGGAACAGAGUAGUUGGGGUGUACACACUUGUGCAUAGGAGACCCAGCUAGAUGUGGGACUGAGCCGUCACAUUCCAGAGCAAAACUCUAAGAAGUCAGACAAUUCCAGAUUCAAAUGCAACCUUCACUGUUUUUAUACAGCAAUGUGUGUCAAGGUAGAAGGAAGAACAUAGUUUACUUAAAUUUGUUUCUUGAUUUAUAAUUUACAUAUUGAGUGACAUAGUACAAGGGUCUCCAUUUGUAAUCUUGCUCUGGGCCUACGAAUGUUCUUCUUUAUAAUUAGAAGUUAAAAUUCCACUUCCUUUGAGCCAGGUAGACCUCUUCUUUUCUCUUUAUCUGUGCCUCUUCUCUUAUUUCCUCUCCUCUGUCUUCCUAAAUUUUCAAAAUUGUGCCUUAUUUGGAAAUGUAGCCAGGAUUAGGAGAAAUCUGUUGAGAUUUCCAAGGCUCUCUUCUUAAACCAGUUCUCACCCUCUUAGAGACACAUAGGACAGACCACAGGCAGGGACCGUGGGUCCUCCCCAGUUGAAAGCUGGCCUCUGUUUUGCCUCCUAAGCAGUUUCCAGACAGUGGGUGUCUGUGCUACUUCAGGGCGAGAAGAUAAAUUUCCAUGCAGCAGCUACUAUGGUAACCCCUAAGCCAUGGGGACUGGACAAUGCAAAGAAAAGCCACAGGCCCUCUCCUGGGGGGUGGGAGAGGCCCCAGAAGCCUAGAUUUUGGUGUUGGGAGCAACCGUUGGAAGAGUGGUACUGCCUGAUCCUCCCCCAUCUCCAUCCUGGGACGGUGCAGGUCCUCGGUAAAGGGGAAAGUUGGUUAAGGUAGUGGCCACUUCCCACCACGAGCUGAGGCCCCUUCAGCUUCUCCUCUUUCUUGGUUGCUGCUGAUGGUGUCAUCAUCCCUUCCUAUGCGACACCCUUGGCAGUCCAGACUGUGAUCCAGAAAUGGGGUUGCUUGCCUCUGUGAGUUAAGUCUUCCCUGCCCCAGAAGGGAAGACGGGAAGUAGCCGCCCUCUCCCCCUUGGCUCCUGCAGUCCUGGGAAGGAUCAGCAGCAGCGGUUGAGACAUUUUUGGUCCACAGCAGAUUCUGUGGCACAGCUCUUCAUCUUACCCGCGCCUGAGGCAGCUCUUUGUGGAAAGGAAUGGUGUGAGUGGGCUCAUUAAGGGGUACCACAUACUCCCUACCUGCCCCACAGACCCUAUGAGAAUCAGAGCAAAUACUGGGUAUUGGAAAACCCCACGGACUGUCUCGGCCAUGGUUUCCCCAAGUUUCGAAAGUUCUGGGUGCCUUGACGUGCUCUGUUCAUGGCACGGAGCACAGAAUCUCAGCAUGUUUGGUUCUUCUCUUUUUGCCUCUGUCAAUCCUGAUCACCCAUGGGAGAAAUGUUCAGUUCGGUGCGUAAAUGUCUUCAACACCUUGCUAAAACUUGCUAUUCUCCCUUUUUAACAAAAUGAGAUCAAGGUCUUGCCUGCUAUAAGUGGGAAGAAUGUUUUGCUUUUAUUUGUAUUUCUUUUUUGUGGUUUCUUUUGUUUAUGACAUGUGAAGCUGGUUUUCCAUUAAUGAUAAAUAGUUUACUCUUUAAAGUAAAUGUAAAUAAAGCAACUGAAUUAAAGAAUAUUAAAUUAAAAAUAUACAGGUAGUAC